CCCUCCUCCUGGGACUGGGUACCAAAUACCAAGUUAAGUCAAAAUACUACUGGUGAACCAACUGAUCAUGAAGAAGAAUGCCGAUUCCCGAGUCAAGAAUAGUUAUUCCAACAUGUGUAGCAUCGGGCUCUGACUCUCUAUCUCUCUAGAUGAUGAUGAAACAAACAACAACUUCCCUGAUCCUAUAAUUACAAUUUACAACAACCGUCUGUCCAUCCAUUCAAGAUUCCAUUUAUUAGUAUUACUAUUACCCACACACACUGACACUACUCUUCUUCUACUGCUACUACUACUCUCUCUCCCUCCCAAGUAGGUAGAGCUAGCCUGAAGAACAUCAUCCUCCCUACCUUGUGCUCAUCAUCUCUCUAUAAUCCAAGUUUGCAAAAGGAAAUCAUCAAAAGAUCAAUUAAAUAUCAUCCAUGGAGACUAGAUUUAUUAUUCUUUCCAUUUCAGUGGUAAUUUUGGCAUUGUUGCCGGCGGCGAAAUUCGUUGCCGCUUCUAACUCAGUAGUGGGAAUCAACUACGGCCAGAUCGCAAACAAUCUACCACCGCCAGAGAAAGUUGUACCUCUCUUCAAAUCAAUCGGAGUCAACAAAGUGAAGCUAUACGACGCAGAUCCCAGAGUACUCAAAGCAUUUGCAAACACCGGCAUUGAGUUUGUCGUCGGACUCGGAAACGAAUACUUGGCCACCAUGAAAGAUCAGGCCAAAGCCGACGCCUGGGUCAAAACAAACGUCCAGUGCUACUUGCCGGCUACAAAGAUCACUUGCAUCACCAUCGGAAAUGAGGUUCUGACAUUCAACGAUACCUCGCUGACAAACAGUCUCUUGCCGGCGAUGCAGAACAUUCACACUGCAUUGGUCACAUUAGGACUAGACAAGAAGGUGACCGUCACGACAGCGCAUUCUCUGGGUGUACUCGAGACAUCCUACCCACCUUCUUCCGGUGCUUUCAGGAAAGAUCUGCGCGGCUGCGUGAACGAGAUCUUGAAAUUUCAUGAAACGACGGGAUCCCCUGUGUUCAUCAAUGCGUAUCCGUUUUUCGCUUACAAGGCCAAUCCAAAGAUUACGCUCGACUACGUUUUAUUUCAGCAGAACCAGGGGAUUGUAGAUCCUAACACCAAUUUGCAUUACGACAACAUGUUGUUCGCACAGCUCGAUGCUGUUCACCAGGCUAUGACGACAAUGGGUUACAAGAGAGUUCAGGUGCUGAUUUCCGAGACCGGCUGGCCUUCUAAAGGGGAUGAAGAUGAGGUUGGAGCCUCGCCGGAGAAUGCGAUGAAGUACAAUAACAACUUGAUGAAAUUGUUGUCGCAGAAGAAAGGAACACCAAUGAGGCCUAACUGUGAUCUCAGUGUGUAUGUUUUUGCAAUGUUCAAUGAGAAUUUGAAGCCUGGACCACUCUCCGAGAGGAAUUACGGAUUGUUCAAGCCUGAUGGUACUCCGGCUUAUCAAUUGUCCUCGCUGACCAGUAGUAGUUCUACCAGCAGUGGAAGUCACGGCAACAACAACAACAACGGCAACAGUACCAGCAUUAUUGGCGGCACAGGCGGAGAGGACGGAGGACCGGCUAGUUACUUAUCCUUCUCAUCUAGCACGAAAUUGGGUCAUGGAAGUUACAUCAUAUACUUUCAAGUGAUGCUUUUCGCUUGCGUAACGUAUGCACUUUGGAGAGCUGAUGACAGUACUUCAAGGCACUAAUUCAUUUCUCAGUAAUGGUAAUUUAUAAAAAUUUCAAUGGUGAAGGGAGAGAAUCAAAGGAGGCUUCAAAGCAAGGGAAAGGAUGAAGGUGGGGAGUGGAUAAAUAAACGCAAGGUUAGUGUAGUGAUUAGGUUUUAGAUUAAGUUCUGGCAUAUUAAUUAUUUCUUGUAUUGAUUUAUUUCAUAAAUGAAUGGAUUUUGUGUAGCAAUAGACACAGAUUAGUGUCUAUUUUUGUUUUGUAUUAUUACCAUUAGAAAGAAUCACUUUUUAUGAAAUAUUUGAUCAUCUUCUUCAUGGAA